GCUUCCCGGAAGUGGAGGGCUUCGCUUCCGGCUCCUAGCUGCCGUCCCAAGAUGGCGCCGCUGGACCUGGAUAAGUACGUGGAGAUCGCACGGCUCUGCAAGUACCUGCCCGAGAAUGACCUCAAGGUGGGCGCGGGCGGGGUGGGGCAGGGUCGGACUGGGGCGGCGGACGGUGCCGGUAGCGGUACUCUCCCGGUGCUGCUGGCGGCGGCGGUGCUACCCACUGUGCUCCCGCAGCGCCUGUGCGACUACGUGUGCGACCUACUGCUGGAGGAGUCCAACGUGCAGCCCGUCUCCACGCCCGUCACCGUCUGCGGGGACAUCCACGGGCAGUUCUACGACCUGUGCGAGCUGUUCCGGACCGGCGGGCAGGUGCCUGACACCAACUACAUCUUCAUGGGUGACUUUGUAGAUAGAGGUUACUAUAGUCUUGAGACUUUCACUUAUCUUCUCGCACUAAAAGCUAAAUGGCCCGAUCGUAUCACGCUGUUACGAGGCAAUCACGAAAGCAGGCAGAUAACGCAAGUGUAUGGAUUUUAUGAUGAGUGCCAAACCAAAUACGGGAAUGCUAAUGCUUGGAGAUACUGCACCAAAGUCUUUGACAUGCUCACAAUAGCAGCUUUAAUAGAUGAGCAGAUUCUCUGUGUGCACGGAGGGCUGUCUCCAGACAUCAAGACACUCGAUCAGAUUCGAACCAUUGAACGGAAUCAAGAAAUUCCUCAUAAAGGCGCCUUCUGUGACCUGGUUUGGUCUGAUCCAGAAGAUGUGGAUACGUGGGCCAUCAGCCCGCGAGGAGCGGGUUGGCUGUUUGGUGCCAAGGUGACCAAUGAGUUUGUCCACAUCAACAACCUGAAACUCAUCUGCAGAGCACAUCAGCUGGUUCACGAAGGCUAUAAGUUCAUGUUUGAUGAGAAAUUGGUCACGGUGUGGUCUGCUCCCAAUUACUGCUAUCGCUGCGGAAACAUUGCUUCAAUCAUGGUCUUUAAAGAUGUAAAUACAAGAGAACCAAAGCUAUUCCGCGCAGUCCCAGACUCAGAACGAGUGAUCCCUCCCAGGACAACCACCCCCUACUUCCUCUGAGCCGCCCCCGCCUGCUGCCCCCGCCCCUCCUUCUGCCCCUUGACAAUAUACUUUUUAUUGAGCACUUUGCUGCUGAAA